GCUGGAUAUUAUGACACUUUUCAGAGACUACCUACGUAACCAUGCAAAGUUCUACUGUCCACCCGUCGACAGCCAUCUGAUGGAGUCUGCCUCCCUUACGGAUGCCGAACUUGAGCAGGUGUUCUCUCUGUGGAAAUCGGAUGAUACAGUAAUAGAAGCCCGCCGUGAUAUGCAGUUGGUUGAUGUACUUAUCAGUGUCCUCGACGAGGCGCUUGGUGAGGAGCCUAUGCCAAAACAUAUUACUGGAGAGUUCAAGCGACACUAUAAAGCCGAAAUGGAUGCAGAUCGUGACAUUGUAUCGGAAGCAGAUGUCAGGACUUUUAUCGACAAAGGGCCUGCGCAGUUUCUCGCACGAAUCAUGUUAUCCUGCGGGAAUCGCAUUGCGAUAAAGACUGAAACCGCAGCUCCAGGUGGCAGAUGCACCGUAGACUACGUGUUAUCCACAACGGAGGGCAAGAAGGCUUUGCUUGAAUUGAAGGCUCCAAGUGUCUUCGAUUUGAGUGAAAAAGAGCUCUCUAUACUGUCCGAUGCCGAAGACGGACCCCACGUACGAUUGGAUUUGCAAAAACCUGGGAUAGGAAUGAAAGCCGUCAUCAAGAUGUGUGUGUGCAUGAUCCUGUACAGAGUAGAGUGGCUCGCGUUGUCGUGCUUCACAAAGUGGGUGUUCCUCCGACUCCAUAGACGAGGUACAGAUGAAGCACCAUACAUGACGUAUUCGACUAUCGAAAGGCAAUUGGACAAUACCAGACCGUUCCGUGCAUUGCUAGGGAUGAUGCUUGCUAUUUCAAGAAAUAUCGAUGUCCCCACAAACGCCGAUAUGAAUGUGCGACUUCAGUCAGUUCCGGCGACUGAGGCACCCACUCCAAGGGAACAUCCCAAUCUCUUUUUACGAAAUCCAGUGCAAGUGACAAGGGGUGAGCAAUUAGUCGCCCGUUCUAGUGGAGGAUGCAGCAAUUCAUCGCCGUCGUCUUCUGGCUUCCUCAUCACAUGGUCGCCAAAAUCCAUGUCGAAUGGGAGGUGGCUUGAAUUUCAUGGAGUAGACACCGACGCUUUCCCGGCUUUGGGCAAUGACGGUGUUCGGCUGUGUGUUCAGCGCAAUAUCGGAGAUGGGUCAACUGGGGUUGUCUUCGAGGCAAUCCCUGACGACAAUGAACAUAAUGGAGCUUCAGGACGCCGAAGAUACGCGAUUAAAACAGUUGGAAAAGGUGAAACACUCAAAGAGCAGAGCUGUGCUCGGCGUCUUUUCAACGAGCUCGAUAUAUACCGCCGUAUCGAGCAGACAUCCCCAGCAUCUGUGAAGAUUGUACCGCAGUGUUAUGGACUUUUCGAAACAAGCCGAACGUGGGCGUUAGUCAUGGAUUAUGAAGGGAGUGCGCUCAGGCAUAACGGGGAGUGGUCAGAUCUGUCACCUACCGACAGGCAGGAAUUGUUCAAUGCAAUAUCGACAUUGCACGGACUUGGAGUCUACCAUGAUGACUUGGAGCCACGGAAUGUUGUCCGAGGCAGCGACGGAUCGCUCAGAAUUAUUGAUUUCACAUCGAGUACGCUCCACGAUUGUCAUCCUGAGACAUGUGCAGAGCUGGGUGAGAUUAGAAGCCUUUUCGGGUUGCAGCUAUGCAGCGAACUACCCCGUGAUAGAUCCGGACACCAGUGUUGUCCGCCACGGUGGAAACGUCCCUCCGAUGGCGCUCUCCUCCCGCAAACCCUUGCCUCUCGCCCUCCUCCACAUAGCCAGUCCCUUCAUACAAGCCACCAAGCUCCAAAAUCCCCUCAUAUCAAACGACUUUACAGGCUACCAGCCCUUUUCCGACAUCUCCCAAGACUUCUACGCUCUCCUGAGUGAUUACGCGCGUACAGAGUCUCAAAGAUACAUAACCAAUGGCUGUGUGAAGAGCCCUUGCCAGAUUCAGGGAGUUGGCAAUUAAAAUUGCCAAUCCGGCCGCCCAGCAUCAUAUGAUUGAAGUCCUUACAGCGAGCCUCGACUCGGUCAUUCACCAGGCGGAAGAUCGCAACGACUCGUAUUGU